AUGGAGGAGAAAACGGAAGUUUUUGAAUUCCAUGAUUCCGGAAGAGAGAGAAAAAAGAACUAUUUCUUCGCGAUUUUUAACUUGAUGAACGCGAUCGUCGGAGCCGGAAUGUUAAGUUUGUCUUUUGCUGUGAAGUCUCUUGGAAUUCUCCUUUACGGAAUUAUGCUUGUUGUAGUGGGAGUAGUGGCGCUCUACUCGAUCGUUCUACUUCUCCGAAUGUGUGACAUAACCGGCCAUAGAUCGUACGAAGAAAUCGCUUUCGCUGCUUUCGGAAAAAGAGGGAUGACGUUCGUUAUACUUUGCAUCACUUUACAUACAUUCGGCUGCUUAGUUGGCUUCCUAAUGGUCGUCAAAUACGAGCUUCCAUCGGUCGUGAAAGCACUUAUCGGAAUCGAUCCAUGUGUGUCGUACUGGUUUACGUCGCCUGACCUCCUUGUUGUCAUCGCUGUAAUAACAAUCGUCGUCCCGCUUGCUUCUGCCAAGGACAUCAACUUUCUCGGCUACACCUCUGGCUUUGCAAUGCUCUGCAUGAUCUUCUGUGCCAUAACAAUUGUUGUCCAAUACUUCGAGUUGCCUUGUCCGCUUGAGCCAAGCAUGCCAACCGAGUACUGGCAAUUCAUGUUCCACAACAACGACUCUUGCGCCAUCAACAACGCAACUUCCUAUUUGAUCGAAAAGCACGAAACAGUUUUCCGAAAUUCCGAAAUCGAUGAUUUCUCGAACUCGAGGUGCGAACUUGAACAGCCGAUCGCUGAUUUCUAUCUCAACAUUCCAGCCCAGAGUUGCGAACCUAAGCUGGUGUCACUUUCGCUCGCGUCCGUUUACGCAAUUCCCACGAUGGUCUUCGCCUUUCAGUGUCAUGCUUCUGUGCUGCCGAUUUACGCAGAGUUGAAACAGGACUCGUCGAGAAUGCGCUCAGCUUCGACUAUUGCGAUUUGCAUCGUUUUCGUCAUGUACUUAGUCGCUUCCUGCUUUGGCUACCUCACGUUUACAGAUGCCACCGGAUCGGAACUCUUUGUCAUGUAUUCAGGAUAUUCGAUGAACGAUCCUCUUACGCUCCUCGGAAGAAUCUUAGUUCUUUGCUGUGUGAUCCUGAGCGCGCCCGUGCUUCACUUUCCCUGCCGCAAAGCAAUCAUCGUCGGAAUUUGGGGCACUGAAGCACUUCCUGGUGGGUCUAAGUUCUCCCUCAAAAUAUGGCUCCUAACGAUGGUGUGUAUUCUUGUGAGCGUGAUUAUCAUGGUUCUCUAUGUACCCAACAUCAAAGACGUCUUUGGACUCGGCGGUGCUACGGUGGCCACUCUCCUGAUGAUUGUCAUGCCGUCUGGUCUUCAUUACAAGCUCUCCAAAGACUCCGGAACGUUGAUGAAACGAACAAAUCAACUCGUCGUCUUCGUCGGUCUUGCUUUUGGCAUCUUCUCCGUCGGACUAAUUAUUCAAGACUGGCUCACUGACUAUCCAAAACUUAACCCCUGCCAAAUUCUCCAGAACUCACUCCAGACAUCGAAUAAAUAA